AUGAAAGGUCGAACAUUCUCGCAAGAUGUAUGCGAAAUUAUCGUCCGAAUGCUACCACUCCUCGACACAUCCGAAAUCAUGGCAUACACUGGAGCAAGCAAAACGGCCAUCCAACAAAUUGCACGAUGCUAUAGAUUGACUGGAAAGCCGUCUAAAGAAAGCCAGAGUGGUAAUCAUAGAGGUAGAGCUCGAAUGAUGGACUUGGAAGAUAUCGAGUACAUGCAUGGCUGUUUGUCCCGCAGCUGUGAUACAAAGUCAGAAGGCCUCGACGACGGCGCUGCAGCAGCUACAGCUGCUCCAACCUCUGGUGCGGAGCUGGAUCCACCUGGUGUUGUCGCUGACGAAAUGCCAGGCUUUUUCGGUGGAAUGGCCCGUGGCCGUGGCCUAGCCUUUGGGACAAUUUCUGGACUUGGAGGAUCCUGUGUGCUACUGGGUGGCUGUAAUCGUUUUUUUUGGAGGACGGCCACGUUUGCGGGGUGCCUUUGCCUUGUCAUUGCGCACUUGGGCAGAGGCCUUUGCCAUCCGAGUCCUACGACGGAAUGUAGCAGACCGGGAAAAAUGAGUGUGUGUGAAUUUGGUUUUUAUGCUAGCGACUUGAAGUAG